AUGACCUUGUCGCCAUCUACUCACCCCUAUUUUGCACCGCGGUACGUGAUAGCCGCCCUUGCUGUCUCAUUAGGCGGCCUGGUCAAUGGCUACGAUACCGGGUCUAUUGGUGCCAUCACGCACAUGCAGCAGUUCAAGGAUUCCGUAGGCGAACUCUCGGCUAGCAUGCUGGGUAUCACAGUUUCGAUCAUCAUGCUGACGGGCACCCUGCCGUCCCUGUUUGCCGGGCACUUCGCUGACAAGUUCGGACGUCUCACAAUCAUCAUCCCAGGCGCGAUCCUAUUCGGCGUCGGAGCUCUAGUACAAGGCUUGGCUCACGGCUUGGCCCAGUUCAUUGCCGGCAGGGCGAUUGCCGGGUUCGGCCAGGGCAUAUUUCUUAGCAAUAUCAACGUGUACAUCUGCGAGAUCGCGCCUAUGCGGUGGCGCGGUACACUAACUGGGCUACCGCAGUUUAUGGCCACUGCUGGUGUCUGCGCUGGCUACUUCACUUGCUACGGAACUGUUAAUAUAAAAUCCGACAUGGCUUGGCGUGUGCCGUAUAUCCUCCAGUGCGCCUUUUCCGCCGUUCUCGCUUGGAGCUGUCUUCUGCUUCCUGACUCCCCGCGCUGGCUCAUGCUGCAGGGGAGGCAAGCUGAUGCGCGUCGGGCUUUGGAAAAGCUCGACUUCAAUAUGGCUGAAGCCGAACGAGAUUUUCUCGUGGUUACCGAGCAGUCGCCCAGUCUUACGCCGUGGCAGGGUAUUAUGCUCUUGUUCAAGAGGGGGUAUCGCGCCCGCACAAUUCUGGCCCUGUUUAUUCUUGGCAUGGUUCAGCUGUCUGGUAUCGAUGGCGUGCUCUAUUAUGCUCCCAUCCUCUUCGAACAAGCCGGCAUAUCAUCAGAAAAUGCUUCAUUCCUCGCCUCGGGCCUUUCAUCUAUUCUCAUGCUUGUCGUGUCCAUCCCAGCUUUCUUACUAGCAGACAAAUGGGGGCGUCGAACUUCCGCUAUCAGCGGCGGUAUCACAUUGUCAACGUGCAUGUUUUUAAUGGGCAGUCUUUAUGCGGCUGAUGUAGUCCACCCCUACGGCGUCGCCAGGUGGUUUGUCAUCAUCGCUGUCUUCGUUUUCAGUCUUACAUACUGCGCUACCUGGGGAAUCGUGGGUAAGAUCUACGCCAGCGAGAUCCAGCCAGGCCACACCCGAGCAGCAGCUAAUUGCGUUGCUAUGGGCCUGUGCUUCGGAACAAACUUCCUGGUAGCUAUCUGCACGCCAAUCCUCUUAGAAGCAUCUGCCUUCGGUGCCUACUUCUUAUUCGGCGGCCUCGCAAUGGCUACCGUGGGCGUGCUUGCCUUCUACAUGCCCGAGACCCGCGGUCGCUCACUUGAGAAUAUCCAAGAGGCAUUCCACCGACCUACUGCGAUGAGUAGCCUUACGCAACUUUUGAAGCCGCUCGGUUUUGGGACAAGGCGCAGGAACUACCCAAUUGCUCAUGAGUUAGCGGCAGGCGAAGAGACUGAGGUAGAGCUCAGCGAUGCAACGGAAGCGGUUGCUGCCAGUGCUGUCUCGGUCGAGGCUGUGCCUAGAGCUCUGAGGCUUGACGUUUCAGUGUAG